AUGUGCCGCUACUACGCCCACCGGCAUAGGUGCACCCACAUCUCGCUCUCCUUCGCCGCCUUCUGCGGCCCGGCCUCGCUGAUCCAGAACCCGUGCGGCGAGCAGCACAUUUGGCAAACUAUUGCCGUCGAGGAGCCGUGCGAGGAUUGU